CCUCACUUCACUCCCCACUCCCUUCACCAUACCAACACACUGCGCCUCCUAAUCCUCAAUCAUGGCUACCAAGCUACUCAUCCCAAUCCUCCUCUGUUUCCUCGCCGCCUCUGCCUCAGCCCUGAGCCAGCAGCAGAGCAGGCCCCUGGAGUACCAACUCCAAGCUCAGCAAUGCAACAUGGACAGGAUCUCCAGCUCCCAGCCCACUAUCCGCAUGCAGCACGAGGGAGGCGUCACCGAGGUGUGGGAUUCCCAAGAGGACCAGUUCAUCUGCGCCGGAAUCGCUCCCUUCCGCGACGUCAUCGAGCCGCAGUCCCUCUCCGUCCCCAAAUUCUUCCCCGCUCCCCGCCUCGUCUACAUCGAGCAAGGCAGGGGAGUGCUCGGGAUCAACUUCCCCGGCUGCCCGCCGACUUUCCACAGCGGUGGGCAGCAGCAGCAGCAGCAGUACCAGCGCGGCCCGAGGAGGAUGAUGAGCGGGCGCGGCGACGAGCACCAGAAGAUCCACCGCAUCCAGCAGGGUGACAUCGUCGCCAUCCCUCACGGCGCCGCCACCUGGUCGUACAACGACGGCAAUCAGGACCUCAUCUACGUCACCAUCGUCGACCUCAACAACGACCUCAACCAGCUCGAUCAGAACUUCAGAGGGUUCUUGUUGGGAGGUGGACGAUCCGACGCGAGGCAGAGCCAGAGAGAACUCCGAGGGCGUGGCUCCCAGGGAAGCAGGAGGGGUUGGCGUGGAACCGAGGGACAGCAGUGGAUGUCCCCCAACAUCUUCCAAGGCUUCGACGAGGAGCUCAUCGCCGAGGCGUUCAAUGUCCAGACUGAAACCGUGAGGAGGAUGCAGAACGACAACAGGGGAAUGAUCGUGAGGUGCCAGGAAGAGAUGAGGUUCGUCACCGAGGAGGAAGAGCAGAUGCAGCAGAUGGGAUGGGGCCGUCAAGGUCAGCGCGGCAGCCGUUUCGUGAACGAGAACGACGAGAAGAGCCUCCCUGCCGCCGCCGACGAGGAGCAGGAACAAGAGAAUGGAAUCGAAGAGGGCUUCUGCAACAUGAAGAUCAAGCACAACCUCGAGAGACCCGUCCAGGCCGAUUUCUUCACCCGCGAAGCCGGGAGGAUCAACAUUGCCAACCGCGACAAGCUCCCAAUCCUUGGCUUCUUGGACAUGAGCGCCGAGAGAGGCUCCAUCAUGCCGAGAGCAAUGUACACCCCACACUGGUCGAUGACCGACCACCGAGCAGUGUACGUGCUCCGGGGCGACCUGCAGGUCCAGAUCUCCGACGACAAGGGGAACCAGAUCAUGAACAACAGGGUGCAGGAAGGGGAAAUGUUUGUGAUCCCGCAGUUCUUCGCAACCAUGGGGAUGGCAGGGAACCAAGGGUGCGAGUACGUGACGUUCAAGACUUCCGGUAGGACGAUGAAGCACCAGAUGGCAGGGUACAGCUCGGUGAUGAGGGCGAUGCCCAUCGAUGUGCUCUCCAACUCUUUCCAGAUGUCGCCAAGGGAGGCAGAGCAGCUCAAGUGCAACAGGGACCCAGAGUCCAUGCUCUUCUCCCCUAUCAGGGGAAGCAGCAGCAGCCGCCGCUACCCGACUAAUCCUGUUGCUUAGAAGAAUUCUCUUCUUUUACUGUCUGGUGAUGGGGGCGACGUUGGCGUUGCUCCUUCUUCCCAAUGCCGCUAAGAAAAUGAGGAACAAAAAAAAAAAAAAAAAAAGGGCUCCUUCUCUUGUAGAGAUUGAGGAGGAGAGGAAUGAAUAACUCCUUUUGUAAGUUUCUCGUGUUUUUUCUUAUGUUGGAAGGCGUUUAGAGGAGUAGAAAGGCUGGUACCGAGUUGGGAUGUAAGCAGCCGACCCAAUCCAUGAAUGAAUAAGUAAUAAAACGCGGCCUAGUUUUGGUGUUUCUUAUACUUCAGCUACUUCUGCCAUGCUCUGUCAUGCACUCAUGCUCCUUGUAUUUACAAGUAACUACGGUUUCAAGAUAAUUGUUUGAGACUCCGACUUCAUGAACAUUCAAACUCGAUUCACAUCUCAUUCCAUAUAAUAUUUACGCGUGAAUUUUGUAAUCCGUCGCUAAAUUAAUGACAAGUAGAGAU